AUGGACGGUAUGUCCUAUGAAGAGGAUAUUGCUGGCGUGGUUGCGAUGUUAGGCACAUACUGUACGGUAGAACCUUACAUAGAUGCCAAAUAUGAUAUUCAUAUACAGAAAAUCGGAACCAACUACAAAGCUUUUAUGCGCAAGUCUAUUUCUGGCAAUUGGAAAACUAACCAGGGUUCUGCUAUGCUUGAAGCCAUCGGUAUGAACGACAGAUACAAAAUGUGGAUUGACGAGGUCAGUGAAAUAUUUGGAGGGUUGGAAGUUUGCGCACUGGAAUUGGUGGUCGGUAAAGACGGUAGGGAGCACAUUAUUGAGUUAAACGACUCCGCCACCUCGUUCAUGGGUGAUUCACAAGAGGAAGACAGACGCCAUCUAGCUGACUUGGUACUACAACGAAUGCAGGCCGUCUGCCGACCGGGUCUAACAAAGACUACAUCGAGAGCUUCCGUGUCGGGCAGCUCUGCGGCAACAUCACCUGAGGAGCGUUCAGUGCCGCUACCGGGAUCAGGACCGCCUAGUGCUCCCCCGCCAGCACCCCUUGCUUCUGCGGCUAGCAUAGAUCCCUCUCAAUCGUCGACGGUCUCCUCAGUAUCAGCAGCGCCCAGUACAGCCAGUAGCGCAGCUCCUGGUAGUGCGCCACCUACGGGCUCAGCGGGAGGUCGUGGGGGCUUCGCCCGUCAAGGCUCUCUCAGCGCGGCUCUCACCGAAGACGCGGAAGAUACUAUGAAGAAUCUUAGGAAGACAUUUGCCGGUAUUUUCGGCGACAUGUAA